UCACUGUAUCUGGAAUAUGGGGACAGGACCGCCUAUUCAGUGUUAGGAGCACCCUCACAAUGAAAACACAAUGAAAACGUUGGACUGGUAUUAAAGGCGCCAAAGAGAGAGUGUAUGUCAUUAUCUAUUGCAUGUGAUGGGCACUCUGAAGGUUCUCAGGAAAUGCUUGGCGAAGAACAGAACAAACGAGUGGGUUUCCCAGCGGCGGGCGAGUCCCUUGGAAUGCCACAGGGGCAGACAUCUGAGUCCCACUCUGCUCCACAAACCCAGGCAACCCGCCCACCGGAGAAAUGCUCGAGCCUUCGAAGACCCAGGCAGCAGCAGCGGUGGCAGCUUCUCUCCCGAGGGAAGUCAGCAUUCGGUGCUUGAAGUCCCAGGGUCCUGUUCUCUCUGGGUGACCCAGCCCCCUGAGAUUCGAACUCGUGAGGGCACCACUGCCUUCUUGCCCUGCUUCUUCAAUGCCACCAGAGGGAGACCUGCCAUUGGUUUUGUGACUUGGUACCGGGACAAGGUGGGUCCCGGGAAGGAAGUGAGGAAUGAGACCCCAGAGUUCCAGGGCCGCCUGGCCCCCCUUGGCUCGGCCCGAUUCCUCUAUGAUCACCAGGCUGAGCUGCACAUCACCAGCACCCGCCCGCACGAUGCUGGCGUCUACCUGUGCAGGGUGGAGGUGCUAGGCCUGGGCUCUGGCACCGGAAACGGGACUUGGCUGGUGGUGGAGAAAGGAUCCUACGCCUCCCUCCUCCUGCUUCGCGCCGCAUUCUAUGCCUUCAGCUUUCUCUCCGUGGCCGUGGUGGCCGUGGGCUGCGCCUUCUGUGACCAGGGCAAAGGCGCUUGUCACAUGGGAACAGGAAUGUCCUGCUAGCCCUUGGUGGCUUCUCAGGAGUGAUUGCAGAUCCACCUGUGAUCCCAAGCCCUCUUCAAGAGACCCUGACAAGCCCCUCCCGGUCCCACCACUCCAUGAGCUCCUCCUCAUCAGUCCCUUCCAAGAGCACACCAAACAGGCCGAAGAAGGAUGCCGCCCGAACUCGGACCCACAGCUCCCUCCCACCACCAUCCUGAGGUUCAAUACACCCCCCUCUCCAGGGUUCGGGGGGCAGCCACCGAUUGCCCCCGAGGAGGGGGGCUGAUGGCAUCGCUGGCCUCUGCCUGUCAAUAGCCUCAGGCUGGACAGGCCCACAGACCAAUAGUCUGUCCUGACCGCCUCCGUCCAAUACCUCCUCCCUGGACUCUGGGGAUGAGAGUGGGGGCGGUAGGCUUUGACAGUGGUCAUUUUGAAUGGGCUGGAGAUGGACAGAGGAGCCCGAGACACAAGGUGGGAGACCACGGCCUUUACUGCGGGAGCUGCCAGGCUGCUGCGCCCGCCCGCUGCAGCCGAGCGCGCUCAGCUGGGUUUUUUCUUGGCGAUGCGGGCGUAGUCAGCUCUAGUGUCUUCCUUGGCAUCCUCCCCGUCUCCCUCGCUGAGGUCAGGUCCCUCGUGCCCGCUGGGGGCCGGCAGCUUCUGCAGAGACGCGUAGUGGAGCUCCUGCUCCUCCGGGGGACGGGCCUGGGGCAGGCCCAGAGGGGGCUGGCAGUGGGCACAGCAGAGGCGGCCUCCCUCCCUUCCUUGUGGGUUUCUGCCCCACCUCCCGCCUUUCUCAAUGCUUCCUUCUCAGGCUCCCCUGCCCCCCAGCCUCUUCCGUUCUUGUCUCGGACACCCCUGCCCCACCCUCUCUCUGCCAGCUUCGGCUCUCGUCCUUUUCCGUCUGAGAUAUUUCUCUCUACA